UUAAUGGAUAGAUCUAUUGACAGGGUUUUUCCUUGUGCUGUAUAUUUCAAAUCUGUGAAUUGUUAUUGUUUAAUACUCAUGGAUCACUUAUGAGAGGCCACGCUAAUACCAUAAGCUAACCUCCUGUGCUACCAGCUACGUCCUUUAGCAGGCUUUGAUAUUUGGUCUACACAUAGGAUGUUGAUCAAAGGACACUAGAAAGUAAGAAAGUCGUUUGUGUUAUUAAUGUGUAAUAACCAUUUUUUAUGUAUUACACAUGGUUGAUAUACUGUAUUACUCUCAGAUGCACGUGAUUUGGAUGCACAUUGUAGAAUACAGAAUACAUGUAGAAUGUAGAAUGCAUGGUGUUCUGCCUAUAGGUCAUAGUGGCACUCUCGGGAUAUUUGUCCGUGACGGUGUGACCCCUUUCAUUGUUCCAUGGUGCUGGGGGGUGGAAAGUCCCUCCAACAGCCAGCACACUGUCUGUGGCCCUGUGGGCUGAGAGGCUGAAUGUAUGAGGGCGUCGUCCAAUCAGCCGCUCCGCCUCAGAGAGCAGGAAGUAGCUUCUCAGUCACGUCAGCCAAUGUGGAUAGUGGGCCCCGAGACGAGGCCCUCCGGAAAUGUGCCGCUGGGUCUCAGCAUUCAGGCAGCGCCUCAGACAGACAGCCCCACCAGGCUCUACCAGGAGUAUCUAUCUAUUUAUCAGUACAGUAGCACACUCUGUCUGUCUGUCCCUGUCUUCUGUACGUCCGUCUGUCUGCUCAACCUGUCGGAAAUAACAUGGUAGCGAGGACUGCCUUGCACCACCCAUGGCUGUGUCAGUAAGAAAAAAGAAGUUGUUUGUCCUUGGGAGCAAGCCCAGCGUGAGAAUGUGUUGGGAACGGGAUUUCAUAAACAUGACUUCAGCAGAGAUCUCCUGGCCCAUCCCCAUGAGGGCCAUCGGGGCCCAGAACCUGCUCACCAUGCCAGGAGGUGUGUGCCACUCUGGUUAUGUGCACAAGAAAGGAGGGAGCCAGUUCAGCCUUAUGAAGUGGCCUCUUCGCUACUUAAUCAUCCACAAGGGAUGUGUGUAUUACUUCAAGAGCAGCACCAGUCCUGCACCGCAAGGAGCUUUCUCUCUCAAUGGCUACAACAGGGUGAUGAGGGCAGCAGAAGAGACCACCUCCAGUAAUGUGUUUCCCUUCAAAAUUGUCCACUUCAGUAAGAAGCACCGUACCUGGUACUUCUCAGCAGCCAGUGAGGAUGAGAGAAGGAAAUGGAUGCGAAAUCUGCGGAAAGAAAUUGAUCACUACAAUGACAGAAGGGAUUCACAUGUUCCAAGUGACUCCGAAUCUGAUGCAGACAGCUUCUAUGGAUCGAUCGAGCGCCCCAUGGACAUAACCCAUACCACAGAUGACCCAGAAGGCAAUUACAUGUUAGAGGAUGAAGACGACGAUGAGGAUGACUAUGAAAAACCAGAUAGCCCACCAACACCUACAGGAAGGCCAACCGUUCCACCACCAUCCUACCCACCUCCUCCAGUCCCAUGCCAGUUCAGACAAGAGUCCAUGUCAGGAUUCUGCAAAGGUCUCCCCCCUCCCGUACUCGGCCCCAUCAGGAGCCCCACCAGCCCCCUUCCAAAGAAACCGCCAGCGCCCUUAGCUCCACCCAAGCUCGGUGAGGUCAGCCACAACCACCAUGGACACAAGGACAUCCCAAAUAAGGCCCCCCCUCAACCUCCUCCCACCCACCUCAAGCCUAGCCCAGAGAGGAGUGCAUGGAGUGCUAAGAGCCCGAUCCCCCCUCCCCCUCCCAUGGCCAACCUAAAGAAGCAGGCGAUGAUGGGGCAGAUGUCAAUCUCCACCAUAGCUGGGCGGAAACAUAAAGACAGGAUGCCCCCUGUUCCAGUGACCAUGCAGUCUCCCGCGACCCUGAUCAUCUGCAGCGACCUGGAAAGGAAGAUGGUGCUGCACUCCAGCCCUAGUCCACCGGGUUACCGUGGCAACAAACCCAGUCACAUUCCGAGCAUGCCAAACCACUGCCUCAGCUCCAGACCAGCUCCAGAUCUCCCACCACAGGCCUUGCCAGCACUGAACCACACCAAGCCUGGACUGUACAAACCACCCCUGGUACCCAAACUUCCAUGUCCUGCGGCCAAGCCUAAACCACCUGGAGGGUCAGCACAAUCUUCUCCAGAUGGACAAAGCUUCCGGACCCCAGUGGACGAGGUGCCUGCCUGUUUAAGAAAGAGCAGGGAUCCAUCCAAGGACACUGACUAUGACUCUGAUGAAGACUAUGAGAAUAUGCAAUUACCAGAUUCUGUAUUCCUGGACACAACAGAAACAAGCAGUGUUGAAAAGUUAUUUAAGGAAAGCUCCAGAACACCGCAGGAUGGUCUCUACUGCUUCAGGAACUCAGGAACAAAAACAUCAAAGGUGCUGGUGGUGUGGGAUGUGAGUGUGUGCAAGGCCAGAAACUACAGGCUCUUUGAGGAGGACUCCCGGCUGUUCCUGGAGUUAGAGAUGACAUUUUCCUCCCUGUCAGCCCUAGUGGAGCACUACCAUAGCCACCCACUACCCAAUCACGGCUCUCUGUGUCUGCAGAAGCCAUAUGGUUACAUCGUGCCAAGGUGACCUUGCCAAGACCCCGUCCUGAGGUUACGGCCUCAUCUGCUCAUAUGAAGUCUCUCCUCUUUGGCAUCUACCAUGGUUCUGCCACUGUAAUGAACUACAGUAGAAACUUACUAUGGCUGAAACACAACCACAGUGCCCACUGUAAAGCAAGGCAGAUUGUUGCAUCUCUGUAACCGAGCCUGAGUAAAUGUUGGAGCAGUUCUGGUGAAUAUCCUGGCAUGGGCAGAGCUGCAACGAGUGCAGAUGGUUGCAGUUGUUGAAGAAAAUAUGGCAUCUGUGACAAUGAGGGCAAUGAGCUGGAGUGGAGUGCCACAGGUUUACAGAACACAGUUGUAUUGUGUGAGGACUACUGCAGGACUAGUGCUGUAAAGGUCUGUCAUUACACUUGAUAGCAGCAGGCAGGUGAACUGCUGUUGUGUUGUGAAGAAUACAUGUUGGAGCAAGCAAAUGUUAAGAUUUGUGGGUUAAAUGCACAUGAAUGUCAGAAUAUUAAGCACUGCUUUUGUAUCAUGCAUUGAGGACCAACUUAUUCUACAAAUCAAGUUGAUGAAACAUAUCAUAUUAUCUUCAGAAAAAAUGUAUUAUUCCAACCACAAUGCAAACGCUCUACCUCUGUACCUCCCUAUUUACUAUUUUACCUCCCUAUUUACUGUUUUACCUCUCUGUCUCUCCUCUCCUCUCCUCUCCUCUCCUCUCCUCUCCUCUC